AGCCGAAACGACGAUGCUAACGACCGUCUCGACGAUGAAUGGAGAAGCAUUGAGUAAAUUCACAAAUGAAUGUACGCGAUUUGGGGAAGUUCUUUUAACUACGACGGAUGUGGAAUAUCUGCCAAAACCUUUGAUGCAAGGAUGCGCCGCAAUCCACUGCGUCAUCCUUGCGGCGUGCACAGCCACGAAAGCGUCCUAAUACCUAACAUCAGAAUAUCCUGAAUGUGCUUUCCACCCACCUUACGCUGGCAUUGUCUCCGUUGCCGGUUGCUCUGAUCUGGAUUCUUUGAAGUUUGCAAAAAACACCUACACAAAGACUGCAUUACACCGCUGCAGAAAUGUCGUGGGCAGGUUUCAAGAAAAAGGUCGACCGGGCUGCGACCCAGGUCAUGAUGAAGACUGGCCAGGUAGAGAAGACAAACGACCGCGACUUCGAGACGGAACUCCGCCGGUACCGUACCAUGGAGGCAGCAGCAACGAAAUUACAGAAGGAAGCAAAGGGUUAUCUAGAUUCACUACGAGCAAUGACGGCCUCGCAAAUGCGCAUUGCGGAGACGAUCGACGCGUUCUACGGGGAAGCCGGCGCCCGGGACGGCGUCUCGCGCUCGUACAAGAAGGCCGUCGAGGAUCUCGACGCGGAAACCAUCAAGGCCCUCGACGGGCCGUAUCGGCAGUGCGUGCUGGACCCCAUUUCGCGUUUCUGCGCCUACUUCCCGGACAUAAACGAGUGCAUCAAGAAGCGGUCAAACAAGCUGACCGACUAUGACGGGCUGCGCGCCAAGGUGAAGAAGUUGACCGAGAAGCCGGACAAGGACCCCAACAAGCUGCCCAUGGUGGAGCGGGAGGCGAACGAGGCGCGAAACGCAUACGAGAGUCUGAACACCCAGCUUCUGGACGAGCUGCCGCAGCUGAUCGACCUGCGCGUGCCCUACCUGGACCCGAGCUUUGAGGCGCUGGUCAAGAUACAGCUGAGGUUCUGCGCAGAGGCCUACAGCCGGAUGGCACAGGUGCAGCAGUACCUUGACAAGGAUACCAGGGACCAAUACGCGGAUGGAGUGCUGGAUCAGAGGGUUGAAGAGGUUUUGCAGGAGAUCAGGGGUCUCAGUAUCGCAGGGACAGUAUGAUGGCUUGAAAUGCUAGGAACAAGACAAAAAAAGAUCUAGAACGUCGGUGGCAUUUGAGUGUGUUGACGGGCGAGAUACACCUUAUUGGCAAGCACGGAGAUGUCAUUGCCUUGCCGUGGCAAUUUCUCCCAACUCCUGAAUUUUGGUGGUAUCGGUGGAUCAAUGGCGAGCUCUCGUACUUCGCUCGAUCGUGGAGGAGCUAAGCGAAAUGCGUACUAUAUGCUGGCAGUAAUGUACAUCUCGACUUGACCAAUCCGCCACCGAUUGACGUUGGGCAAUGAUGCUCCCAAGUAAUGACAGCGUACGUUUAAUUUUGCAUAGAUUCCGAUCUUGCGCGUUGGCAGUUUCAGUACCUUAAAAGGGUCAAGCCGUCGAUUUUCUGCAGUCGAUGGGCCGACACAGAACUUUUCGCCUCGUUAAUAAGAUCCUUGAAACCCCC